AUGUAUAAACGGAAUUAUACACUUACGCUCAAAGUUACUCGGAAAAACAUCGUUGUUUUUCAAACACCUCUCACCAUUAUUGUUGGACCCAACGGAUCCAGAAAAACAACUAUAAUAGAAUGCUUAAAAUACACGACCACAGACGACCUCCCACCAGGUGCUAAAGUUGGUGGUGCCUUUAUUCAUGAUCCAACGCUUGUUAACGAAACUGAAGUUAAAGGUCAAGUAAAAUUACAAUUUAAUAGUGUUAAUGGAAGGAAAAUUACUUGUACUAGAUCAAUGAAAGCAAAAAUCAACCUGCUAGUCUUUCAACUCGUUGUGCUAACCUUGACCGUGAAAUUCCUAUCCUUCUUGUCUUUAUCUGAACCUACUGAAAUAUUUGCUGCAACAAGAUGGACAAAAGCUAUUGCCAAUAUUACUGAAUUACGAAAAACAGAGGUGCAGAAACUUUGUGAAGAUAAAAUUUCUUUAGAACAGCUAAGGAUUGAAAAAGAAAGAGCUGCUAAAAUAGAAGAAAGUCAAGAAAUUAAUGAAUUAAUACAAACAAUUCGUAAAUUGGAUGAUAUCAAUGCUGAAAUUAUCAUAAAAAAUAAGGAAAGAAAUACCGUAGAGAAACAAAUUGAUGAAUUAUCAAGUUCUUUGAAAGAGAUGCAUGACAAGAUUAUGCAUACUCAAGAUACUGAUCGAAAAAGCUUAGAGAGGCAGAAAUCUUCUGUUGAUCAAGGAAUUUCGACUCUUCGUUCUUUAAAUACCCUACAUACAAAUAGGGGGCAAUUACAAGCUGAACAAAAUACUAAUGAUCAACGAAUCGAAAAUCUUGAAAAUUUGGAACGAGCUCAACAAAAAGAAACAGAAUUGAAUAAAAAAUAUAAUAAGAUACGUUCGGAAAUUGAUUCUCAUAGGCAAUCUAGGCAAAAUAUAAAAACUAUUGUGAAAUAUGGAAAACAAGCAUCUGAUGCACGAGAAAUUCAGAGAUCAAUUGAUGAAAAUCUUAAAUACAGAAGAUUGCAGAAGACAGUGCUAUCUGAUUCUGCAAGGUAUACUGGAGUGCUUAAACAAUUAGAAGAGGCUAUUCGAAGAGGACAAAAUGAACUAAACACGGAAUAUAAAGACAUUAACGAUAGAUACGCUGAUCAGUUUAUCGUAUUUAAAACUAGUGAAUUGGGUGUUAAGGACCUUGAAAUAUACUGCAAGGUUCUUGAUAAUGCCACAAUGCGAUUUCAUACAAUGAAUAUGGAAAAAAUCAAUAAGAUCAUUGCUGAAUUAUGG